UGUCUUCACGGCCAUAAAUAUCUUACUCCUCUCUCUUCCGAUGGCUCUUUGACUCCUCUGCAGAAAUGAUCAAAGCGCUCGCUUUUGUUCUGCUCCUAGUCGCCUUCGUCUCCACGCUUUCACAAGCCAAAUUAAGCAUCCUGCGACCCCAACCUGCCACAGGGUUCAACGUCAGCCAUGUACAGAGUGCCGGGAGUUGUUCUUAUACGGUUGAUAUAACCACCAGCUGCUCCUCAAAGAGGUACACAAGGGAUCAAAUCAGUAUCUCAUUCGGGGAUGGUUAUGGCAACCAGAUUUAUGCUCCGCGACUAGACGAUCCAUCCUCGAGAACGUUUGAGAGUUGUUCUACGGACACAUUUGAGAUAUAUGGACCCUGUGCAUACCAAAUCUGCUAUGUCUAUCUUUACAGAACAGGACCAGAUGGUUGGAAACCGGAGAGUGUGAAAAUCUAUAGUCAUAACUCCAGGGCUGUUUCGUUCUACUACAAUACCUUCAUUCCCAGUGACAUUUGGUAUGGAUUCAACUUGUGCCAGAAUGCUUCCUCUUCACACCGGCAAUCUGCUUAUGGAUGGUUUAUAUAUGUUUUAGUUGGGCUUCUCGUGUCGCUUCUCUUGUAGUUUUGCACUUGCCAUAGGUACAAUGGCUCCUAGAGGUUUUCUAGUCUCUAGUGUUAGUAUUGUAGGGAGAAACAUUUGUCUUUCACCUAUGGAUUUGGUGAGAUGCGAUCAUUAGCUUUCCGAAAGCUAAUCCUACAUUUCAUAUUGACAUUGAAUGAUCUUAAUUCCAAGCACAUAUGAUCAUAGUGUAUAUAAAUAGUGGACAAAUAAGAAUUAGUCUCAACUUAAUUUCACGCCCGUGUCAAUAA